AUGGCCCCUCUCGUCCCUCGCUUCCACUUGUUCGAGAUUGACGACCAGCCAUGGUUCCCGUCCUUCCUCCGCGCUCUUGUCCAAGAAGGCCUCCACGCGACCUGGGUCAACAAGUUCCCCGUCCUCCAAACCGCCUCGCCCGCGCACAUCGCCGCCCAAAUCCUCCAGCGAACCCUUGGUCCACGACUCUCCUCCUACACUUUCAUCGACUUUUGCGCCGGCUCGGGAGGCCCCACCCCAGCCAUCGAGCGGGCCGUGAACCGCCAUCUUACCGCUCAGAAGCAACCCAACGUCGACUUCGUCCUGACCGACCUGUGGCCGAACCCUGAGAGCUGGGCGCGCGCCGCUGCCAAGAGCGAGCACAUUGGCUACGAACCGAAGAGCGUCGACGCCGCAAAUGCGCCCCGUGAUCUGCUCGCUGGGUACCGCGGCAAGGACAAGAAGAUCUUCCGCUUGUUCAACCUCGCCUUCCAUCAUUUCGAUGACCCAUUGGCCAAGGCAAUCUUGAAAAACACGCUCGAGACCUCGGACGGUUUCGCCAUUUUCGAGCUUCAAGGUCGCGACCUCUAUUCCAUCAUUUUACCCGCCAUCCUUGGCAUUGGCGUGUUCCUCCUGGCUCCCCUUCAUGCGUGGAAGUUGGGUUCGCUCAACGCGCUCAUAUUCACAUACCUUGUCCCUAUCCUGCCGUUCGUCCUGGUUUUCGACGGAUACAUCUCAGCGCUAAGGACAAGAACGCCCGACGAGGUUGAGGCGCUGAUGAGAUCGUGCGGAGCCAGGAUGGAAGGCUGGGAAGUAAGAAAUGGCAAAGACGCACACAUUCGUGGUCUUGGCUAUGUAAACUGGAUCGUCGCGGAGAAGAUAUCAUCUCGAGACUGGUGA